AUGUCCACCGCACGACGUGAUAAGCUGUUGGGCAUUGAGGCCGCCGCUCAGGAACGAUGGGCCCGUGAGAAAUUACAUGAACAAAACGCCCCACUGCAGGGAGAAGCCAAACCAGCAAAGUUCUUCGUUACAUUCCCUUAUCCAUACAUGAAUGGACGUUUACAUCUCGGACACGCCUUUUCACUCACAAAGUGUGAAUUCGCCUCUCGCUUCUGGCGUAUGAAAGGACGCCGCUCUUUAUGGCCCUUUGGUCUGCACGUCACGGGAACUCCCAUCGCCGCUUGUGCACAGAAGAUUCAGAAGGAAUUGCAGUUGUACGGUAAUCCACCAAAGUUCCCUGAUGAAGUGCUUGAAAAGGCUCCAGAAGAAAAGGCUGAUAGUGUCGCUGCGGUUGGACAACAUAAGAGUAAACGUGGAAAGACUGGACCGGCGAAGCCACAAUGGAUUAUUAUGCAAAGUAUGGGUAUUCCAGAAGAUGAAAUUGCUAACUUUGUAGAUCCUUUAUAUUGGUUGGAAUAUUUCCCUCCCAUGGCUGUUACAGAUUUGAAACGAUUUGGUUGUCAUAUUGAUUUCCGUCGUUCUUUUAUUACUACAGACCGUAAUCCAUUUUAUGAUCGUUUUAUUUCAUGGCAAUUCCGUCAAAUGCAAAGAGCAGGAGUUCUUGGAUUCGGUAAACGUUAUUGUGUGUACUCUCCAUGGGAUGGUCAACCUUGUGCAGAUCACGAUCGUGCCAGUGGAGAAGGUGCCGUACCGCAGGAAUAUACAUUGGUAAAGUUAACUGUACAAAAGGCAACAGAGCAACCGGUGUUUGUCCCCUUCGCUAAAAUUAUUGGUGAUCGACCCGUUAUUCUUCCAGGUGCCACACUUCGACCAGAGACGGUUAUUGGUCAAACCAACUGUUGGGUUUCUCCUAAUAUUGUUUACAAGGCAUAUGCUAUUCAAAAUAGAUCAGGUGCUGAGGAAAUCUUUAUCAUGACAGCUCGUGCCGCACGGAAUAUGGCCUAUCAAGAUUACGUCAUUAAUGGAAAGACUGGUGAGGAUCCAACGCCGUUAUUUGAAGUGGAUGGAGCUAAACUUAUUGGUUUACCUCUCUCUGCACCAUUGUCUCCAUACUCCACUAUUUACACUCUUCCUAUGCAGAGUAUUACGGAAGCAAAAGGUACUGGUGUGGUUAUGUCUGUUCCUGCAGACAGUCCAGAUGAUUACAUCAAUUAUACUCAACUUGUAAAGAAACCAGAGUACCGUGCGAAGCUUGGUUUAAAAGAUGAAUGGGUAGCCCUUGAUAUUAUUCCUAUAAUUGAAGUACCUGGUGAAAUGGGACGAGAAAGUGCCAAAUAUAUGUGUGAAAAACUAAAAAUUAAUGGACCUAAUGCUACUGAUUUAUUAGAUCAAGCUAAGAAGGCAGUUUAUCAAGCAGGUUUCUAUCAAGGAGUGAUGAUUAAUGGUCCAUUCGCAGGUGAAAAGGUUCCUGUAGCUAAGGUUAAAACAACAAAAUUGAUGGAAGAACAAGAUUCUGCUAUUCGUUAUUAUGAACCUGAACGUCCUGUUACCAGUCGCUCUGGUGAUGAAUGCGUUGUGGCUCUUUGUGAUCAAUGGUAUAUUGAGUAUGGAAAGGAAGAAUGGAAAAAGACUGUAUUAAAACAUCUGGAAGAUGUAAACUUAUUUUUCCCUGGAGUUCGUAAUGGAUUUGAAGAAACCCUUAAUUGGCUUGCAGAGUGGCCUUGUAGUCGUACUUUUGGACUUGGUACAAAGAUGCCAUGUGAUGAAAGUGGAAAAAUGAUUAUUGAUAGUUUGAGUGACUCUACAAUCUAUAUGGCUUAUUAUACCAUUGCUCACUUUUUACAUACCACCGUUGAUGGUAAACAAUCUCUUGAUGCACGUCAGCCGAAUAUCCUUGGAGUUACACCAGAAAUGUUUACAGAUGAAACCUUUGAUUAUAUUUUCCAUGGUAAAGGUACAGCAGAAAGUGUACAUGCCGCUACUGGACUUCCUGUAGAGGCGGCAGAGAAGAUGCGAGAAGAAUUUAAUUAUUGGUAUCCAGUUGAUUUAAGAUGUUCAGCGAAGGAUCUUAUUCAAAAUCAUUUAACCAUGUUUUUAUACACACAUGCUGCUAUUUGGCCUGAUGAUAAAAGUAAAUGGCCACGUGCUAUUUUUGCAAAUGGACAUAUUCAAGUGGAUAAUGAAAAGAUGUCAAAAUCAAAGGGUAACUUUAUGUCUCUUGCAGAAGCUAUUGAUCAAUAUGGCAGUGAUGCCACUCGUCUUGCCUGUGCAGAUGCUGGAGAUAGUCUUGAUGAUGCCAAUUUUGUUCGUGAAACGGCUGCUGGUUUUAUUUUAAAACUCACAACGGCGAUAGAUAGUGCGCAAGAAUUAAUUAACAGUAAGGAUAGUCUACGUACUGGAGAAUUUAAUAUAUUUGAUAAAAUCUUUGCAAACUCUGUAAACUCCAUUAUUGGUCGCACAGAGAAAUUCUAUGAAGGUAUGCAGUUCCGUAAUGUGCUCAAUCUUGCCUAUCAUGAAUUGUCCAAUGAAUUCAGUCAGUAUAAACUCAACUGUGAUGAUCUGCAGGUACACCGUGAUCUCGCUGAACGCUAUGUUGAGGUGCAAACCCUCCUACUCGCUCCGUUAGCCCCACACUUUGCAGAGUAUAUGUGGUCCACUGUUCUUGGACACACCAGUUCCGUGAUGAAUGCCAACUUCCCUGUGGCGACGGCGCCUGUGGAUUACACCACACUUGUGGCCAGUCGAGUAAUGACAGAUGUGGUGCGGGAUAUUCGUGCCCUCGCCGUUCGUUCACAGAAGAAACACGGCGUGGUGAAUGAGGUGUGUGUGUACACCGCCACGGAAUACUCGGAAUGGCAGCGGGCGGCACUGCGGCUUCUGCGUGAAGUCUACACCGCCGCUGGCAACACAUUCCCGGCGGACUUCACAAAGACGGUGAUGAGCCGCAAGGAGCCGUGGAUGACGAAAGAUGUGCUGCCGGAGGUGAUGGCUUUCAUCGCCUUUACAAAAAUGAAUGUGGAGCGCUACGGGGAGGAGGCGCUGGGCGAAACUCCCGCCGUGAACGACAGGGAACUCCUGCAGAGUGUGCAGGCGAAUCUCUGCAAGCUGUCGGGUGUGCCGACGGUUCACAUCCUCUCGUGUGAAGACGAGACAUUCCCAGAGCAUCACGCCGCUCGGCGGAAGUGUCGUGCAGGGGAACCAACCGUAGCGAUCCCAGCACAGAAGAAGUAA